AUGAUAAUAGAAGAGGGGUUUCAAGAUUGCAUCCCAAUGUCUGCUGCAAUGGGGUUUCAUGUGGCAAUCCGAGUUUAUUUACCUGCUAGUUUAUAUUCACAUGCUACAUCUGUUCAUAUAUUUAAUGGUUCAAACUUUACUGAAUGGAGGGAACAUGUCAAGUUCACCCUUGGUGUACAUGAUUUGGAUGGUUUUCUCCUAAUAGAGAAACUUUCUGCUCUUACUGAUACCGGCAGCAAAGAAGAUAAAAGAAUGUUUGAAGCCUGGGAACGUUCAAACAGAUUAAGCUUAAUGUAUAUGAAAAUGACAAUUGCCAGCAACAUAAAGACAUCCCUUCCUAAUGUCAGAAAUGCUAAAGAGUUUCUCAAGUUAGUUGAUAAACGAUUCCGAUCAGCUGAUAAAUCUCUUGCGCGAACUCUAAUGGCUCAUCUCAACACCAUGAAAUACGAUGGUGCAAAGGGUAUGUGGGAGCAUAUUAUUGAAAUGACUAAUAUUGCAGCUAAAUUGGAUGCUCUUGGAAUGUCCAUUGCAGAAUGUUUCCUUGUGCGUUUUAUUUUGAACUCUUUGCCUCCUCUGUGUGGUCCGUUCCAAAUAAAUUAUGACUCACUUAAAGAACAAUGGAACAUGAGUGAGCUAACGAAUAUGUUAGUUCAAGAGGAAGAAAGACUUAAACAACAUGGAAACUUCACUGCAAAUGUUGUAACUCAAUUAGCUCAAAAUAAAAGGUGGAAGACCAAGAGAGGAAAGAAAUUACAACCACCAAAGAGCGAAGGGCAUGAUGAUGUUGUACAAGUCAAGACGGACGAACAAUUGAGAUGCCAUUUUUGCAGAAAGCCUGGACAUUUUCAAAAUGAAUGUCUAAAGUGA